AUGAUUAAAUAAACUGGCAUUAAUUCUACUGACUCUAUGAACGAACCAUAAAACCCAUAAGAUGCAUUUCCUUUAGUAUAUAGUGGAUCGAGUGGCUAAUUAAACAUUUAGAAUGAAAAUUUUACCAAAAAAGAAUAAGAACAAGUAGAUGUUGCUGGAAAUUAUUAAUCUCCAACUGAAAACAAUAAAUUAACUCAAGAAAAGAAGAACUAGUUUGGUUUUCAUUCUUCUAAUUCAUUAAAAAGUUAAGUUGGGACAGAUAAAAAAAGAUUAGGAAGCCGAAAUACUUUAACAAACAAGCAAUUCGAUUAAGAUAAUACAAAUAGCAUGAAUCAGAAUAUAUAAUUCUCCAUGGAAUAGCAAGAAUUUAUAAAAAUUAACUAAUCUGAUUCCUUAGCCCUUAGUGAUUUAAAUCAAGGUUUGCUAUCAUCAUAAAAUAAUCUUUUCUAAAAGAAUGUAAGUCAGUAAGAUCUUGAAAUUUAAUCGAUGAAUCAAAUAGCGGAGCAAGCAGAAGAGAAUAGGUCAUUUACAGAAAUAAACAUUGAAAAAGGUACUGGUAGCUUUAAUUAAAGCAAGCAGAUCUAAAAUAGAAGUAAGACACAUUAAAGCAGUCAUCAAAAUAGCAGCUCUAGUUAUAGUUCUAAACCAAAUCUAAAUGCAAGAGAAAUCCAGGACUUGAAUUAUACCUAGGAUUAGAAUAAUCUUUAAUUUUAAAGAAGAGAUCCUGAUUUUGGUGGAAGCGAACCUUUGAUUUAACGAAAUUUAAGUGGAUUGAAUACAAAAUAAAUGAUCAAUUCUAAUAUUGCUUCUGCUAAUAAGAAUUAGGCUGUUGCAUAAAGACAUCACACUACUAACACGUUUGCUGCUGAAUAAAAUUAAAGCUGCUAUCAUGAAUCUUAAAAAUAAGAAAGUGAUUAAGAGUCUUCUGACUCACAUUACUAAGGAGAAAGUCUUUCAUCCUAUGGUCCUUUUAAAUUAUUGUAAAAAGGUUAUCUCAAAGAGCUCAAGGAUCACUGUAAAAAAGAAGGAAUUUUAUAUACCAGAGUAAUUAACGAGCAAGGUAACAACAUGAUAAUUAAAGCUGUUUAAAAUAAAGAUCUAGAAGCAAUAAAAUAGCUUAUUUCGGAUGCAAGAGAGUAAUUGAGGGAAAUAGGAAAAUCAAAAGAAUAAAUUGAUGAAGAAAUUUCUCAGUGGAUCAACCAAGAAAGUAAAUCUGGUUAUACUGCAGCACACUUUAGCUGCUAUGUAGGAGAUCCAUCAAUUUUGAAGCUUUUAAAAGAGUAGGGAGCAGAUUUUUUAAAAUUAAAUAAAGAAGAAUCUAGUGGUCUUCAUGUUGCUGCUCAAAACGACUCCAUAGCUUCGAUUGUAUUUUUAUUAUUGCUAGGCAUAGAUAUCAAUGUACAAGAUUAAAAGGAAGCAACUCCUCUUCAUUGGGCAAGUUUCUAAGGAUUAGAUUAGUCUGUUUAGUUUUUAAUAGCAUUUGGAUCAAAAACAAAUAUUUAAGAUUCUGAAGGCAUGACUCCUUUAAUUCUAAGCUCAAUAAGUGGUAGUAUGAAAAUAGUUAGAAUGUUACUGCUGGCAGGAGCAGACAGAAAUAUUUAAGAUAAAAAAGGCAGAACAGCUCUUUAUAUGGUAACUGAAGAUCAAGAAAACCUAAACGAAGAUAUUGCAGAAAUGCUAAAACGUACAAAUGGAUUCUAAGAAUAUUGGAAUAUUAGACCUGUCUUUAAACCAACUAAGAAGAAUCCUAAAUAAGUUAUUUAUUAUCUGAUUAUGUAUAUACUAUCAUAGAUAUGCCUUAUUUAUUUUAACUACUCUUUGUGGGAACAAAACACAAAAAUUAUUAUAUUUUCUAUAUUAGCAUUGCUUGCUAUCAUAACAAAGUUUUUCUUCUUAAAUUCUUGGCUGAGGAAUCCAGGAUAUGUGGCAUUGAAUAAAAAAAAGAAUACAAAAAGUAAAUCAGAAGAAUACACAUACCUUGAGAAAAUGAGCAAAGAAUCAUUUUAAAGAAAAUAGUAUCUAAGCUAAAGUCAACAAAAAAUAUACUCUAGCAAACCAUUAGAUGAAAUAACAAGAAAUAAUUUGAUUGAACUAUUUCUUUUGUUACAAAAAGAAUAAGAGUCUUAAUAAAUUUGUGCACAUUGUUGUAUUUUAAAACCUAAAAGAUCUAGGCAUUGUGAUAUUUGCAAAAAUUGCGUGUCUGUUUAUGAUCAUCAUUGUCCUUGGAUAAAUAAUUGUGUAGGAACAAAUAAUCAUGGAUACUUCUUAGGCUACAUUAUUUCAAUCUGGUUAAGUAUUAUUGCUUUUACUAUAUUGAAUGCAAUAUACAUCUGGUAAUUUAAUUAUCCCUAAUAAAAUUCUUCUGUCUCUCCAGUUUAUAUCGAUCCACUUAAUUUAUUUACUUAAGAUUAACACAUUUUAUUCUUUGUUCUAAAAGUUGUGCUUAAUUCCAUUGCAGUAUUCUUUUGCCUUUUGUUUGGCAUACCAUUAACACUUCUUCUAUUUGUUUAGCUUGGUAAUUUCCGAGCUAACAAAACUACAUACGAAAGAUUUAGUUAAUAAGCAAAAAUUAAUUAGCUCUCUCAGGUAACAGAAUCGAAUGGAUUAUCUGCAUUAGCCCCUGCUGAUGAUACCUAACUUCAUUAAUCUCUUCUCAACGAUACGCAAACCUAAUAUUAGCAGUUAUCUUCAUUUUAAAACUGCCUUCAAAUGUGCUUUUAUAAUAAAAAGAAUCCUAAUUAUAGAUUUAGGAAUAUAAGCGAAAGGAAUAUUAGCUAGCCAUGA